CGCAGACAGACAGGAGAGCACCUCCUCCAGCAGCGCACAAUGAUCCGGCGCUUCAUCAACUUUCUUUCUUGGACUUUCUUUCCAAACUGUCGCGGAUUAAAUAACGUGGUCAGUUCCUGAGAGAGGAGCCUAGAAGUCUCCUUUUUCCCUUUUCUUUGCAGUACCAGUUAGAUUCUCAUCGCGGGCUGUUUGUUCUGGUUUGAGGGGGGUUUUCCCCUCUGUGUUCAACCACCAGCUCACCUGCAGAAGCCAAACCAUGCGCUCCCGGGCUGCGCUCCCCCGGUUUACCUCUCUCCUAUUUCUCCUCUCCUUUCCCUCUGUUUUCUCCUCCUCCUCACGCCCCCAGUGGGUUCUCCAGCGUGUCCCUGUGGUCCUCCCACAGCAGACAGAGGAUCGACCAGCCCCUCAUUUCCUGUCUCAGGCCCGCUUGGAUGUCAGCUCCCCCUGUGACCCAGAAUGCCACAAGAGAGCCCCUCGCCCGAGUUACUGGGACCUGCGGCGUCUUCUGGCCUUUGAGACACUCCACUCCAAUGGUCACCUCACUGAGACCGCCAUUGGGAUCUAUGGCUACGCGCCCAGUUCUAACACCAGUCCGGCCUACUCCUCAGGGUCGUCUGGGAAGGCUGAGCGGUCACAUGUGAGGAGAAAGCGGCAGAUCUUCGGCCACGAUGGGCGUUUUAGUAUCGCUGGGCAGAACUUCCUGCUUAAAUACCCAUUCUCUGUCUCUGUCAAACUGUCCACCGGGUGUUCUGGUACGUUGGUGGGGGACCGUCAUGUUCUCACAGCGGCUCAUUGCGUUCAUGAUGGUAAAAACUAUGUGAAAGGAGCCCAGAAGCUGCGGGUUGGGUUUCUAAAACCCAAGCAACGAGACACACAGCCUUCUUCCUUUUACCUUCCCUCCAACUUCACCAACCAUGUUGAAGGUGGCCCUGCUCCUUACGCCCCACCAACCAACGACAAAAUGAAAUUCCAGUGGAUCAGAGCCAAGCGCACCCAUGUUCCCAAGGGAUGGAUCAAAGGGAAUGCUAAUGACAUUGGGAUGGACUAUGACUAUGCUUUGCUUGAACUCAAGAAACCCCACAAACGCCGCCACAUGAAGUUAGGAGUCAGCCCCCCAGCUCAGAGGCUGCCUGGUCGACGAGUCCACUUCUCAGGAUUUGAUAAUGACCGUCCAGGCCAGCUGGUGUAUCGGUUCUGUCGGGCCGGCGAGGAAACAUCAGACCUGCUGUACCAGCACUGUGAUGCCCAGCCCGGUGCCAGCGGGUCAGGAGUCUAUGCCCGGAUGUGGGAUGGGGGGCGCCGGCGCUGGGAGCGGAAGGUUAUAGGUGUGUUUUCUGGGCAUCAGUGGGUGGAACGACAAGGGGCGUCUCAGGAAUUUAAUGUAGCGGUGAGAAUCACGCCUCUCAAAUAUGCUCAGAUCUGCUAUUGGAUAAAAGGAAACUUUGUGGACUGCCGAGAGGGGUGAGGAAAAGGUGGAGACUGAGGAUGACACAGGGGUGUAGCCACAAAACCAUAGUCCUACUACAUCUUCAUACAUCAUACCGCAAUAUUGGGGCCACAAGAAUCUACCCUUUUUACCCCCACUACUUGUAGCACUGACGUGACAUCAAUGUAAAUAUCAACCUUUUGUUUGUUGCACCCAUUCUCAGACGCCUAUAUCAGUCAUGUAACUACAGACCCGACAGACACAAAUCCAGUAAUGACACUAAGUUAUGUAAACAGGGCGUGUUCAUUUCAUUUAUGCUUAAGUGUUGCAUCUUCAGUUACAUUAAACCAUGAAAAAGUUAGUUACAUUGGUGUUAACCGGGGAAACAUUUAGAUCAUGUGGUGAUGCAGAACAGAAGCAGGUUUAUCUGCUUCUUGGAACAUUUAUUUGGAUAACAAAGUUAUCUGGAAAGCCAUCAGAUCUGGAACAUGGACUGAUGUAAAAAGCUGUUUUGGAACAAGGGGCCCUCAGAUUACAAGGAGCAGGACUGGGACAACUGUUUCAUUAUGUAUCAUAGCCUUUUUAUUGUGCUAAUACUAAAGAUUGCACUGUUAAAACUCUUGAAGUUAUUCUACUGAAAAUUAUGAUUUUUGUGGAUGAAUGUACAAGUCAGCUACCAAAGGUGCCAACAGUUUCUCUCCAAACUAUCAUGUAUCUCUUCUCAGUGGACACUAGUUAUCUACAACAAUAGUGUACUCUGCCAACUAAAUUAACAGUGUACACAGAAUGAUAUUAAAUGAUUGCAGAUGACUGUUUCCAAGGUUGCAGAGCACUUGUUCUAUGAAGCACAUUUUGUUGAAUGUUUUACUUGCUUAGCUCCCUCUGGUGGCAAAGAUAAAACACUGCAGGUGUCCGCAAUGAACAUUAAGGCCUACAUAAGCACUUUUUACUUUCUGUUUAACAUUUAUGAAAUUGCAUUAUUUGUUUCAGAAACUGAAGACUAUGGCAAAUUUAAUGAAAUAUAUGCUUUGAAAUAA